AAAAGAAUUUUUUUUGGGUUAAUAAUAUUAAAAGAAAUUAAAAUAUUCAAAAUACUGUCAUAAUGGGCCCCAAGCAAAAAGAAGCCCUAUUUGGGCUGCGCCGCUUUAAGACAAUGGGCCUGGCCCAACAUUAAAACAGUAUUUUAAGCAUGGGCUAAAUCCGGCAUCUUCUUCUGCUUAAAGAGACAGCAGCCCAUUGGCCCAACAGAGAAAUGAAAUAAACACAGUGAAAAUCACGGCGAGCCGAUCAUUGAAAAGACCUCCAAAAAACGAACUCAACAAACUCGGGAGGAUUUCAAUGGGAAUCGGCUAUAUUCGGAAAACGACUGUUGGGCACGGCGGAAAAGCAUCUGGACCACCGAACCGACCCACUCCCCUCCAGUAUAAAACCCCGCCGGAGUCCCCAUUAAUCGUCAUCCCAUUCCAAAACAUUCCUUUGUAGGCCUAUUCAAGGAGGCAGCAGUAGUGUUUGAGGAGUAAAAGUUAAAAAAGUAAAAGAUGAAGGGCUUGGGCUGUUGUUUGUUUAUCUGUGUGCUUCUGUCAACAUUUUCAAUUUUCUCUUCGGCGCUUACUGAUGCGGAAGCUUCUUUCAUUGCCGGCCGCCAACUUCUAGCCCUGCAUAUGAACAAAGAUUUGCCCGACAAUUACGAUCCCAAGGUCGAGAUCAAUGAGACCUUUGCCAAUCCAAGGCUCCGACGGGCAUACGUUGCGCUUCAAGCCUGGAAGGUGGCUAUUUAUUCUGACCCUUUAAACACCACCGCCAAUUGGGUCGGCGCUGAUGUCUGUCACUACACUGGAGUUUACUGCGCUACUGCUCUCGACGACUCCACCGUCGAAGUCGUCGCCGGCAUUGACCUUAACCACGCCGACAUUGCUGGUUACCUGCCUGUCGAGCUCGGUCUGCUUGCUGACAUAGCCUUAUUCCACAUCAACACCAACAGAUUCUGCGGAAUCAUCCCAACGAGCUUCUCGAGGAUGACUCUGCUUCACGAGCUCGACCUUAGCAACAACCGAUUUGUUGGCUAUUUUCCUGAGGUGGUUGUGAGGAUUCCUAAUCUGAAAUUUCUUGACCUCAGGUUCAAUAAUUUCGAAGGCCCAUUGCCUCCUCAACUUUUCAACAAGACACUCGAUGCCAUUUUCCUUAACAACAACAGAUUCACCUCCAACAUUCCCGAUACUUUUGGGGAUUCGCCGGCGUCGGUGAUUGUGUUUGCCUACAACCAUUUCACGGGAUGCAUUCCGAGCUGCAUUGGAAAAAUGGGGAACACACUGAACCAGUUGGUAAUGUUGAACAAUGAUUUCGCUGGUUGUUUGCCCCCUGAAGUUGGGAUGCUUGGGAAUGUCGUGGUUUUCGAUAUUUCCGCCAACAUGUUUAGUGGGAUCUUGUCCAAGAGCUUCGAUGGCCUAAAGAAGGUCGAGAUUUUGGAUAUUUCUAACAAUUCCUUGACUGGGGUUGUGGAGGAAGGCUUAUGCAACUUGCCCAAAUUGGCUGAAUUCACCUUCUCUCACAAUUUCUUCAAUGGCGAGGCGGAGAAGUGCGUGCCGCAGAGUAGAAAGGAUGUUGUGUUCGAUGAUACUGCAAAUUGCUUGCCCGAGAGGCCCAAGCAGAAGGCGGCUGAGGCUUGUGCUCCGGUGACCAGCAAGAGUGUUGAUUGCAGUAAGGCUAUGUGCGGCGGAGGAGCGCCAUCGCCGUCGUCGAUGCCGUGGCCAUGGAAGUCACACUCACCACACACACCACAAACACCAGUACGUGUUCAUCAUCCUCUUUCUCCACCUUCAUUACAUUCACAACCACCAACGCCCUCGUCACCCCAACCACCAGUUCACUCUCACACACCAUCGGCCUCAUCACCCGUUGACUCUCACACACCAUCGGCCUCGUCACCCGAAGCACCCGUUGACUCUCACACACCAUCAGCCUCGUCACCCGAAGCACCCGUCGACUCUCACACCCCCGCUGCCCCAUCACCCGGGGCAACAGUCGAAUCUGAAACCCCGGCUGCACCAUCACCCGAGGCAACAGUCGAAUCUGAAACCCCGGCUGCCCCAUCACCCGGGGCAACAGUCGAAUCUGAAACCCCGGCUGCCCCAUCACCCGGGGCAACAGUCGAAUCUGAAACCCCGGCUGCCCCAUCACCCGGGGCAACAGUCGAAUCUGAAACCCCGGCAGCCCCAUCACCCGGGGCAACAGUCGAAUCUCACUCCCCGGCGGCUCCAUCACCCGGGGCAACAGUCGAAUCUGAAACCCCGGCGGCCCCAUCACCCGGGGCAACAGUCGAAUCUGAAACCCCGGCGGCCCCAUCACCCGGGCCAUCACCCGAGGCAACAGUCGAAUCUGAAACCCCGGCUGCCCCAUCACCCGAGGCAACAGUCGAAUCUGAAACCCCGGCUGCCCCAUCACCCGAGGCAACAGUCGACUCUGAAACCCCGGCUGCACCAUCACCCGAAGCACCGGUGACCCCAUCACCCGAAGCACCAGUGGCCCCAUCACCCGAAGCACCGGCGACCCCAUCACCCGAAGCAACUGUCGACUCUGAAACCCCGGCUGCCCCAUCGCCUGAAGCACCGUUGACCCAAUCGCCUGAAGCACCGUUGACCCAAUCGCCUGAAGCACCGGUGGCCCCAUCGCCCGAAGCACCGGUGGCCCCAUCGCCCGAAGCACCGGCGACCCCAUCACCCGAAGCAACGGCGACCCCAUCACCCGAAGCAACUGUCGACUCUGAAACCCCGGCUGCCCCAUCACCUGAAGCACCGUUGACCCCAUCGCCUGAAGCACCGGCGACCCCAUCACCCGAAGCACCAAUUGACUCUGAAGCUCCAGUGGCCGCUUCACCCGAGGCUCCAGUGGUCGCUUCACCUGAAGCACCAAUUGACUCUGAAGCUCCGGUGGCCGCUUCACCCGAGUCUUCGGUGGCCGCUUCACCCGAGUCUUCGGUGGCCGCUUCACCCGAGUCUCCGGUGGCCGCGUCACCCGAGUCUCCGGUGGCCGCGUCACCCGAGUCUCCGGUGGCCGCGUCACCCGAGUCUCCGGUGGCCGCGUCACCCGAGUCUCCGGUGGCCGCGUCACCCGAAUCUUCGGUGGCCGCUUCACCCGAGGCACUCGUAGAGUCUGAGACCCCGGCUCCAGUGGCUGCAUCACCCGAGGCACCAGUAGAGUCUGAGACCCCGGCGGCCCCAUCACCCGAGGCACCAGUAGAGUCUGAGACCCCGGCGGCCCCAUCACCCGAGGCACCAGUAGAGUCUGAGACCCCGGCGGCCCCAUCACCCGAGGCACCAGUAGAGUCUGAGACCCCGGCGGCCCCAUCACCCGAGGCACCAGUAGAGUCUGAGACCCCGGCGGCCCCAUCACCCGAGGCACCAGUAGAGUCUGAGACCCCGGCGACCCCAACACCCGAGGCACCAGUAGAGUCUGAGACCCCGGCGACCCCAUCACACGAGGCACCAGUAGAGUCUGAGACCCCGGCGACCCCAUCACCCGAGGCACCAGUAGAGUCNGAGAGCCCGGCGACCCCAUCACCCGAGGCACCAGUCGAGUCUGAGAGCCCGGCGACCCCAACACCCGAGGCACCAGUCGAGUCUGAGAGCCCGGCGACCCCAACACCCGAGGCACCAGUCGAGUCUGAGAGCCCGGCGACCCCAACACCCGAGGCACCAGUCGAGUCUGAGAGCCCGGCGACCCCAACACCCGAGGCACCAGUCGAGUCUGAGAGCCCGGCGACCCCAACACCCGAGGCACCAGUCGAGUCUGAGAGCCCGGCGACCCCAACACCCGAGGCACCAGUCGAGUCUGAGAGCCCGGCGACCCCAACACCCGAGGCACCAGUCGAUGACAUCAUUCUUCCUCCAAACUUGGGCUUCGUGUACUCAUCACCGCCUCCACCAAUGUUCCCAGGCUACUAA